UAUAUCUUGAAUCAGCGUUCAGUAUAGUUCUUAAAAUAUUUCAUUUAUCUUCCAUCCCCAGAUUCUUGGCCGGGACUAUUCUUUCCUGGUUGAGUUCUUGGGUUAAUCACCAUGAAGGAUUAUUCCAAUUGUGAAAGAUGUUAACCUUCAUCGGGUCUGGCUGUGCACACUCAGAUGGGAACUUCUUGUUCUUCUUGUAUGUUUUGUGGAGAUAAUAGUGAUAAGGAUCUACAUGAUGUUCGUGGAGCCGGUGGAAAUGUGCACUUUAUAAGGACCAUGGAUCGUUGGGAGGCAAUGUUGUCUGACGCAAUCAAGGAAGACAAACUUGUUGUUGCAAAUUUUGGUGCAUCAUGGUGUAAUCCUUGUAUAAGUAUUGCACCGGCCUAUGCUGAGCUUGCAGCUAACCAUCCUUCAAUCUUAUUUCUAACCUUGGAUGUCGAUGACCUCGCUGAGUUGAGCACUUCAUGGGAAAUAAAAGCCACUCCAACAUUUGUUUUCCUCAAAAAUGGAAGACAAAUUGAUACACUAGUUGGAGGAAACAAGCCAGCGCUCCAGAACAAGAUAGCUGCUAUGGCACAGUUAGCAACCAUGUCUCGUAAUUGACUCUUUUGUGAUAACCAAUAUUUUUUCUAUAGUUGCGAUAUUCUCAGGAAAACCAGUCGUGUUAACUGAUGAUGUUCUUAGUUUGCAUAGUUAUAUGUAUCGUCAUGUCAGAGAAUUAUUUUGGGAUCAUAGAUGGAGCAAAAGGCAAUGGA